UGUCAGGUGGUUUACUUCUCAUAUGUCCAGGGGGUACUAUACAUUUUAGCACAGAUAUUUCUGAAGCAAAGAGCUUAUUGAUCUUUUUUAUCCAAUAUCCCCUGUGUAGGACUGCCCACCAUCACAUUAUUUGUUCUUUUUCUUUCUUUUGAUCAGCACAUUCUGCUUCAACAUGGCCUUCUUCUUCAGACUUGUGGCUUCUUAUCUGCAUCUAUCCUAUUGUCACAACUUUCUUCUUUUUCCUUGUAACACACUAUCACACCACAUAGUGUCCCCUUACCAUUCGUAAAUAUCUUUGUCAGUCUAUUUUCUCAGAGUCCCUUUUCCUAUGGACUUAAAAAUUGUAUUGUGUAUUUCCUUCAUACUAGAAAAACUUAUCUUUGGAGACAACACUUGCUGAGAAGUAGGUAAUUCACUCUCUGAAGUCAUGAUAAUAAUAGAAAGUAAAACACCAUGUACUAAAGGGCCUUCUCACUCAUGAAGUUUAAGGUGAUAAGCAUCGUUAUCCCAUUGAACUGGACUACACAGUCCGUUAGACUAGACUCUAAGAAAAAAAUCAGCUUCUCCUGAGUUAUUUUAUUUUCACACUGAUCAAGUAGGUGGCCUUUUGAUGAUUUUAGGAAGGAGAUUUUGGUUAUUUUUCACUUUUGAGAACAUUUGUUUGAUUUUAGGUUAAAUAAAGCUACUGGCAAAGGUAAUGAUUUGUAUUUUUCUGCAGUAAAGUUUCCUGAAUCCAAAGGUGGAUAGUUUCGAAAAAUAAAAGAUACUGAAAUAAUUGUUGGGUAAAACUGGUUAAUUUUGAAAGGUGAGUCCACAAGGACCAAUGAGAUUUGUUAAAAUUUCAGGAUAUAAUAAGUAUCUCUGAAAAACAAUAAGCACAUAAAACAUAGCAACUAUUUAAUCAGUUCUUGAAAAUCCUUUUGUUGGGCUAGUGGCCAACUGAAGCCUGUAUAAUGGAUUACCUCAUAAAAAAGUCCCUAGAGACUUCCAGAUACAGAUCCAAACGAAGUGCACUUGUAUAUCAGAGAGCAAAGCACAUAUGCUUAAUGAUCUAAUAAAAAAGAUGAAUUAGCCAUGGUGGGGAAUAAACCCUCCUUGUCAGUUACUCUCUGAACUUUCUUUUCUGUUUAUAGAGAUGAUUCUUUAACUGCUAUGCCUUGAGUUCCCAAGAGUAAUGAUGCCAUUUCUAAAUGGCACCAUCCUAACUCCAGCUUCAUUCAUCCUAAAUGGCAUUCCUGGUCUGGAAGAAGUGCAUUUGUGGAUAUCCUUCCCGCUGUGCACUAUGUAUGGAAUUGCUAUCACAGGUAACUUUGGCCUUAUAUACCUCAUCCACUCUGAAGAGGCCCUACACAGACCUAUGUACAUCUUCUUAGCCCUGCUUUCCUUCACAGAUGUGCUCAUGUGCACCAGCACUCUUCCCAACACCCUCUGCAUAUUGUGGUUCAACCUCAAGGAGAUUGAUUUUAAGGCCUGCCUGGCCCAGAUGUUCUUUGUCCACACCUUCACAGGCAUGGAGUCUGGGGUACUCAUGCUCAUGGCCCUGGAUCGCUAUGUGGCCAUCUGCUACCCCUUGCGCUAUGCCACUAUCCUCACUAACUCAGUCAUUGCCAAGGCUGGACUCCUCACUUUUCUUAGAGGUGUGAUGCUUGUUAUCCCUUUCACUUUCCUCACCAAGCGCCUGCCAUACUGCAGGGGUAAUGUCAUACCCCACACCUACUGUGACCACAUGUCUGUUGCCAAGAUAUCCUGUGGUAAUGUCAAGGUCAAUGCCAUCUAUGGUCUGAUGGUUGCCCUCCUGAUUGGGGGCUUCGACAUCUUGUGCAUCACCAUCUCCUAUACUAUGAUUCUUAGAGCCGUUGUGAGUCUGUCAUCGGCAGAAGCUCGACAGAAGGCCUUCAGCACCUGCACGGCCCACAUCUGUGCCAUUGUCAUCACCUAUGUCCCAGCUUUCUUCACCUUCUUUACACACCGCUUCGGUGGACACACCAUCCCUCCCCACAUACACAUUAUUAUGGCUAAUCUCUAUCUACUCAUGCCUCCCACAAUGAAUCCUAUUGUGUAUGGGGUGAAAACCAAGCAGAUACGAGAAGGUGUCAUUAGGGUCCUGCUUAAGGGAAAAGAAAAGAAUCCUCAAAGAUUUAAAUAG